AUGGCAUUCGCAAGCCCGUUGAUGAUCCCUUAUGUACAUGCCUCUUGCAUCGAAUUGCUGAAACCCAAAACAUGCACAGUAGUAUGGCCGCGUGGUCAGCACUCAAGUUGUGGAGUUGAAUUCAAAUGA